CUCAACCUAACUUUAACUUAUCCCUUUCCUACCUAUUCCCCUUCCUCAACUAUUCAUCGUCAACUUGACAAUCUCUCACUCGUUGAGUUCAGUUUGCUCCUCGAUGGAUCUCGGUCUCUACACAACUCGUACAACUACCUCUGAGUUAUCCUCCCUGGGCCCCCGGCUCUAAGAUUCCAGAAUCAGAUCCUCAACCAACCAGGGUGUUGGUCUUGACUCUCCCAUUCCUGCUUCCCGACGCCAUCCACUUCAACUUUACCUGAGGUGACCUUAAUUUAUUUCAUCUCACCUCCCAAGCUGUGGCAGUGGCUGUACUAGUUAGUCUUCUGCCUUGCCUUACCUCACCUUAGCCUCAGGUAAUACCCAAGGUAAUUAAUUGGCAACCUGAGUUGCGACCAUUGACGCGCAAGUCAACUCACUUCUUUUCUUGCAACUACCUAAACUCGGUUUUUGAUAACGCGCCAUCACCUAAUUCUCUGUCUCCCGUUUUUCUUUCUUUCUAAAUCUCCCCAACGGUCAACCCAAUUGCAUUUUCAUCAACUGAAGCCAGUCAACUAACGACAACUCUUUCGCGCUCCAGUAUAACCAAGUGAGAUAUUCCUCAAGUCGCGCGCGUCAUGGAAAAUACGGACAGUGACAAGCCCAGGCCGGUUGCGCCGCCUGAGCCCAUAUCACCCGCGCUCUCUUCUGGUGCUCCCAAGCCGUCAACUUCUGGAGCUGCAUCACCAGCUCGUGUUCCAACGCCAGACUCUGCCCUCGUCAUAAAGGUUAAGAGCCCUUUGGUUGAGAGCGCGCCUGUUAACGUUGCAACAACCGGUAUAUCUGCUACCCCAGCGCCCAGAGCCGCAUCACCACCAGCAGCCAUGCCGCCAUCACCAUUACCAAAGGCUUCAACUCCAGCUCCAGUUACUAAGGAUCGCGCUCCAUCACCGGCGAACGCGCAUUCACCUAGUACUGCUAAUGGUAAGUCACCAGUUGCUGCUCCGUCUGCCGCUAUAAGCGCAUCACCAAGACAGACCAACGGUCGCAAGAUUUCCAUCGGCGACGCAGACGUUGAAAGCGAGCUAAGUGAGCCGGCGAGCACUGUACAUUCUCCGUCAGGGGUCGACUUCAACGAACUUGAGGACGAGAUAGUAGUGGGCGCUCGCACUAACGGUAUUCGCAAGUCGUCACCUCUUCGGCCAGCAUCUGAAGCCGAUGACGAGAUUAUGGGAGAUGCUGAGGAUGAGCCCGUGGCUUCCCACUAUCCAAAGAGAAAACGCAACUCUAUUUUCCAUGACCUGAGUGAAAGGAAAAUGGAGCCGGUGAGGUCUCUCGCUGACGAACGACAACCACAAGCAACUACAACGAAGAGCAAGCCUCCACGUUUAAGCACCGGAAGUGUCAAAGGCGUCACCAUAGGAUAUUGGAGAGACUCAGAGGCUCCUACAGUGGAUCUUAAACAUGCCGUCAUUGGUUUCAUCGAUGUUCGCGAGCGAUUACGGACCCGUAUCCAGCCCACCACAUUAUCUGGAGAAACGAUAUCAGAUGAAUACCCCUUGCCACCAGGACCUGGCGGAAGUUGGGUAACCUUCGACAAGAUUGUGUUUUUGGAUCAUCUUGUGGGCUUAGACCAGCUACAGGUGAAGGAGUAUGUCAAGAUCCGCGCCGAAGCGAUUGGGACAGACGAGCUUGAGGGAGAGAGAGUUGCUGCUGAGAAGGCUGCCGUCAAAGAAGCAGUCCGUCGGGCCAAUCUCAACUCCACUGCCGAGCACGGCACAAAUCUACCUCAGGUUGCUUAUGGAGUUGAUCUUCCCGAACACUUGCAACAGAAUCGCGAUGCCAAAAGGAGGAGGACGAGCGGAGGGUUUGCGCCAGCCAAUCCUCCUCCCUCAAAUGGCCCUGUCAUUGAACACACUCCCAUUCAGCCAGCCCCCGGUGGCCCGCAACCUUUGCGACAUACCGUCGAUCCCCUGCCCGGCACCAGACCUACCCGAAUUCUUAUUGGGCAUUGGGCAAAGUCCAACUCGCCGGAUCCUCGUGAUCGCCAUGCAGUAUACGGAAUCUUGGGACAGAAUGAUAUGUUCCGCGUUAAGCUGGUACGGGAGACGCGCGAUGGACGUUUCGUGGAAGGAAACUUCCCCGCUGGGGCUGGCGCACUCUGGAUCGCAUACGAGGAAGUUGCAUUUGAGCCGCACUUGAAAAACCUAGCACGGAACGAGAUCAAGGAAUAUUGCCGUGUUCGACAGUAUCAGAUAGACAUGGGAGAGAAAGAAGGGGAGCGAACCUCAAACGAGACCAAAGCUGUUUAUGAAGCACAGGCAAGGGCCGCGGGGACGAAUUACAAGGCGCCUGCUCCCUUGUCUAUCGCACCCGCUCUACCCCGUCUUCCAGGCGAUUAUGGCGAAGAAUCUGAUCAGACAGGGCGAAUGGGAUAUGGAGGCCAUGAGUUGCGUCAGAGUCGCCGCGUCGAGGCCGCCAGAGCCGAAGCACGCCAGUCAUACAUAGAUAUUGACACUCCUCCUCAACCUGCGCCAGCUCCUCGCCAAACCACGGGCAGGACAUCGUUGAACAACAAUGCGAUCGAAAGAACAUCGGCUCUAGCGGAGCGUGAGAUUGCACGCGUCGAGCUCGCUCAGGAACGCGCUCAUCUGCAAGCAGCGAACCGUGAACGUGCAGCAGCCGCAGCCGCUCAGGCAGCCCAAGCCGCUGCCGCGAAUAUCCCUGGCAUGGCCGUUAACGGGCGGCAGCAAUUACACGAGCGGGACGAAAUGCAACGCCUCAAUAAAGUCUGGGCGCGCCAGGAAAGCCUCCGACUAAGAACAAAUGCCGAAGAUGCAAAGAUGUACGCCGGGGUGAAGUAUGAACGCAAGACGCAAGGCCCAUUUACUGGGAAACUCGUUUCACAAGGCACCAUUAUCAAUAUCGACGGCGAGGACUACAUUGAGUACCGUGUCCUCGCCAAGCCGUCGUUCUUCUAGAAUGAUGAUUGAGCUGUAUGGGCACUGGGGCUCAUCCAUCAGCUCCGACGAAGUGAGGGCUUGAAAGCAGAAACAAAGCCCGAUACAUCACCGACUCACAUUACCUUUAAUAUUUAUCUACACAUCACCUGCAGCAAGACGCCUUUGUUUCAGGUUCAACCUCUGUAUACCAUGGGAAAGGAGAAGACUUUUGACAAGAUGUUGAGGUUUUGAGCAAGACAGAAGUUUGGGGCUCUACAGAAAAGGACUCGGUCCACUUGCACUAGAAUGGCUCUUGAUGCUAACCUUUCUUUUCUUUUCUUUUCUUUUGUUACUUUAUACCUGAUGGUCGUGUUUCAUCAUACUAUAGGUCAAGGUUGGGAGGUGGAAUGGAUGUGUCUAGCAGAUUAGACUCCGCGGAAACGGAGAGGAUGGUGUUUGGGGUCGGUGUGCUGCGGAAUUAUACCCGGUAUAGGCAGACGGUAUUACAUUGCUCUUGUAUGAACUAGAUAUACUUUUUAUUUUUAUUUUUAAUUGAUGCUCUGGAAGCAUGUACUGGACUGGAC